AUGAUAUGGAUGACCGUGUCCCUGAGUGGGCGUUGCCGAUUGAGCGUGUGUCGAAGUGAUGUAGGUAGCAGACUACGCGCUCACCUGAAAAGACGAGACAGCCUGGCUAAGGUGGCUAUGAAUCGACACCUGCUGUUCACAACAAUCUAUCUAUCUAAGGCUGUUCAUAACAAUCUAUCUAUCUAUCUAUCUAUCUAUCUAUCUAUCUAUCUAUCUAUCUAUCUAUCUAAGGCUGCUGUUCACAACAAUCUAUCUAUCUAUCUAUCUAUCUAUCUAUCUAAGGCUGUUCACAACAAUCUAUAUAUCUAUCUAUCUAUCUAUCUAUCUAUCUAUCUAUCUAUCUAUCUAAGGCUGCUGUUCACAACAAUCUAUCUAUCUAUCUAUCUAUCUAUCUAUCUAUCUAAGGCUGUUCACAACAAUCUAUCUAUCUAUCUAUCUAUCUAUCUAAGGCUGUUCACAACAAUCUAUCUAUCUAUCUAUCUAUCUAAGGCUGUUCACAACAAUCUAUCUAUCUAUCUAAGGCUGCUGUUCACAACAAUCUAUCUAUCUAAGGCUGUUCACAACAAUCUAUCUAUCUAUCUAAGGCUGCUGUUCACAACAAUCUAUCUAUCUAUCGCUGUUCACAACAAUCUAUCUAUCUAUCUAUCUAAGGCUGUUCACAACAAUCUAUCUAUCUAUCUAUCUAAGGCUGUUCACAACAAUCUCUCUAUCUAA